AUGGUGAAGUCUCAAUGCUGUGAAAAAAUCAGUGUCAAAAGGGGUGUGUGGACAGCAGAAGAAGAUGCAAAGAUACUUGCAUUUGUCUCCAAGCAUGGAUCUGGUAACUGGACUUCUGUCCCCAAAAAAGCAGGACUUAAGAGGUGUGGGAAGAGUUGCAGGCUUAGGUGGACUAACUACCUCAGGCCUGAUCUUAAACAUGAUAACUUCACACCCCAAGAAGAAGAUUUAAUCAUUAAGCUUCACGCAGCCAUUGGUAGCAGGUGGUCUAUAAUAGCCCAACAACUUCCUGGGAGAACAGACAAUGAUGUAAAGAACUAUUGGAACACAAAGCUGAAAAAGAAGCUCUCUCAAAUGGGGAUAGACCCAGUUACCCACAAGCCCUUCUCUAAACUCAUUGCUGACUAUGGAAAUAUUGGUGGUUGCCAGAAACCAAGUACCCGAAUUGGACCUGUCAAUAAAGACUUCAAGAAUGCAAUCCUGUUAAAAUCAGAGCCAUAUCAAGCCCUCCCACAAGGAUUUAGAAACAUCAAUGACCAACCAGAGCUACCACCAACAUCAUCGCCACCCAAAAUGGAACCAACUCCAAAUAGCUUUUUCUUUAACCAAAGUCAUAGUGAUAACCUCUCAAUGGAUCUUGCUCAGUUUCAAUCCAUACCAAUAAUGACAAGUGCCUCAAAUGGCAAGGAAUUAGCAUCUAUAUUUGGGGAAGGCUGCUUAUCAAAAACUUCUUCAUCAUCAUCAUCAUCAUCAUCUACUUCUUCUACUGCAGCACAUGAAGCCUCACCCAUACCCUUCAGUUGGAAUGACUUUCUUCUAGAAGAUGCUUUUGCACCACCUGCUGAUAACCAAGAACAAGAUCUAGUAGCUGGAUUCUUGUCAAAGGACUUGGUGAGCCAAAUAGAGAAUGUGACGAGACAAAGUUGGAAUAAGAAAGAGCUCAGAUCACACCAAGCCCCAAGCAAUGACUUCCAAUUUUCAUCAUCCCCUAGUAUUUCAUUCGUAGAAGCCAUGCUUGAUCAAGAAAAUGAGAUGUUUCUAAGUUUCCCUCACCUUAUGGAGGAACCAUCCAACUACUGA